AGAGACGCAAGAAGGAAGGUGCGAAUCCACUGUGCAGUUUCCCCGCUUUUUCCUGUGAUAAACUCAUUUGAUCGUGUCACGGGUGCAAACUUGAUCGUAAAGCUUCGUCUUUCGAUCAUAUUAAUAUCGAAGAUAGAGUUUGCUCGAAGGAAGAAUGGCAGCCAGAGGAAAUACCGGACCCAAGCCCAACGGGAGCGCCCAGGGGAAAAUCUGCCAAUUUAAGCUUGUCUUACUCGGAGAAUCAGCGGUCGGUAAAUCUUCGCUUGUUCUUCGGUUUGUGAAGGGGCAGUUCCACGAGUAUCAGGAAAGUACGAUCGGAGCAGCUUUUAUGACACAGACUGUCUGCCUAGACGAUACAACUGUCAAAUUCGAGAUAUGGGACACCGCUGGGCAAGAGAGGUACCAUAGUUUGGCUCCGAUGUACUACCGUGGAGCUCAGGCAGCUAUUGUCGUGUACGACAUUUCGAAUCAAGAUACAUUCGGUCGCGCCAAAGGCUGGGUGAAGGAGCUACAAAGACAAGCCUCACCCACCAUCGUGAUUGCUCUUGCCGGUAACAAAUCUGACCUUGCAAGCAAGCGGAUGGUGGAAUACGACGAGGCACAGACUUACGCUGAGGAGCACGGACUCCUCUUCAUGGAAACGUCGGCGAAGACUGCCAUGAAUGUUAACGACAUUUUUCUCGCCAUCGCCAAAAAGCUACCUAAGUCCGGCGGGCCUGGGCCUGGUGGCGAUGCUGGUUCAUCCGCCACAGGACGGCGAAUCACGGAGGCAGACAACCAGCCUUCUUCUGGCGCUUCGUGCUGCAAAUGA